GGACUGCUUUGAUUCAUGCUGUUGAGGGGCCACAUUUUUGGGAUUAGCAGACUAUUAAUGCAUCCAGAACUGAGCGCAUGAAGGAGGAGAAGAUGAAUGUAGAGGCUCUGAGCAGAGCAGAGCUGCUGACUCUCCUCAGUAUCUUGGAGGGAGAGCUGGAAGCCCAGGAUGUCGUCAUACAUGCAAUGAGGGCUCAGCACAGAGAUGCUUUCGUCCAGGAGCGCUAUGGCCAGUAUGACCUCAGCGAUCCAUUUCUGGCCCUGCAGCGAGACAGCGAACCCGAGGAGCGCCAAAGCACACUCAACCAACCUCACACACACCUGCAGGAGCGGGCGGUGGGCCCAAACCCUCUGGCUGUGCUUAAACUGGUCAUGGCUCACUGCAAGAGGAUGCAGGAGAGGAUGAUGGGACAGUUGGCGGGUGCUGAGAGCAGACACAGGAGGAUGAUAGCUGAUCUAGAUGAGGAGAAACGCCGGCGUGCCCAGGAGUCUGCGCAGAACGAUGACUUCACCUUCUUGCUGCAGACAGAAAGAGACAAACUCUUGCAGCAGUUGGAAGUUGAGCGAGCAGCAGUGCGGAGGUUAGAGAAGGAACAGGCCCAGGCGGUGAGCCAGGUGGAGGAGUCGCUAUCCCAGCAGCAGCAUCUUUCCUCAACUCUGAGUCUGGAGCUCCAGAAAGCCAGCAGCCAUGCCCAGGAGGAGGCUCAGAAGGUCACCCAGCUCCACACUUUGCUCAAAGAGGAGACUAGCACACUGAACAAGCUCCAGGGGAUCCUUGAAGAUGAAAAGAGCAGGGCAGCCCAGUUAGAGGCUACAUUUGAGAGGCAGCAGGCUGAUUUUGAAACAGAACGAGAGCAGAUGAAAGACAGGAUCAGCAAAGAGGAGGAAAGGAGUAGGGAGCUUGAGAGACAGAUUGAGGAGCUGAGUAAAAGGUUAGCUGAAACUGGAGGAUGUAAAGAAGAGGUAAAGGAGGCUGUGACAGAUGUGAAAGAGUUGCCUUCCAAAAUUAUGGUGGUGUCCACCUCUGUUCAGACUGAGCCAGAUGGAAAGAUAACUGCCACUCCUAAAACCACCUCAAAGGUCAAUGGUCAUCACAUUCUUAAAGAGACAGAACUGACACAGGAAGGGAGAGGAGCAGAAAAUAUUGGGGUAGUGGAAAAUGGGGGAGGAGCAGCUUUGCAUUCUCCUCUCCACCCUCAUCCUCACUCUCCCUCCAGCACAGCCUCAUCUUCCCUCUCCUCUUCCCCCAUUUCAUCACCUGUUCUGGCCAAGCGUCUCGGCAGCCCAGGCUUCCAUCAAUCCUCCUACCAGGCAGGAGUCAACCAGCGAUUCCAGGCCGCCAGACACAAGUUCCAGUCCCAGGCUGAGCUGGAGCAGCAACAUCCGGGUGGCCCUCUUUCCCCCAGGGACCUCUCACCCACCACCUCCUGCAUCCCUCCUCCACCAGAGAACAGCACAGCUAAGCAGCUGGCCCGCAACACGGUAACACAGGUGUUGUCUCGGUUCACCAACCAGCAGGCUGGUGUCAAGCUUGCGCCAAUCAGCAACUCUCCGUUUGGUACAGACUACCGCAAUAUAGCAGUGUCUCCUACUGGGGGGAGGUCGCCUUCUUCAGGGCCUCUAUCUCCGGGCAUCCGCUCACCCCUCACUCCAUGCUCAGAGAAGACCCAUCCUCCUCCAAUUCCUCCAAAGAAGCCAGGCAUGAGUCCGACUCCGGGCUCCCCAAUUCACACUGCCCGGACCAGCCUCUUCCCAGAGCUGACAGGGAACUGUGGGCACAGUGGGCAGGAGGGAGCCAAGGAGCCAGACCUGGUUUUAUCUUCUAGCAGCUAACAGCCAGAUUAUACUGUUAAAUAAGUCAUGCCCAAAUCAACAGCUACUGUAAUAUUCAUUUUCACUAGCUCUUAAAUCCACAUCAUAGCACUCAUUAUUAGUUGAAUAGGAUCCAACUAAACACUUCAAUGCUGGCCUGUUUCAAACAGAUGCAUUUGUUGAACCCUACCUGUACAUCACAACCUGAGAAACAAUUAGAAAAGAGAUAAAUAACUUUAUUAUCUUUAUUCCUUAAUAUAUAAGUUUGAAGUUUUAGGAGGAAACUAUUUAUCUGUUUUCUAGUUAAAAAAAAAACAUUUUUAAGAGACCAAGAUCUGUUUGUUUUGGGGGGGGGAAAGAAGUUACUGUUAAGAUUUCAUUGUAGAACACUCCGUUCCUUUCCCCUCCAGUGCUGUCCUGUUAGGAGCAGUAAAGACAACAGAAGUCCAAAACCAUGUAGUUAGUAUAAGGAAAAUAAUGAAAGUAGAGCAAAGCAAACACGUAGCUGACACCAAUCCACAAUAAAAUAGUAGAGUAGUUGAAAUGCUUUCCUAGUUCAUUUUUUUUAGCAGUUUAACAUUAUACUGUAAAUACAGUAGAUUAAAGAAUCCACACACGAUUCUCUUUUAAGUCUAUGAAUGCACAGCUUUUAUAUGUUGUUUUUUCUACUACACUUGUCAUGAGUACACUGAACCUUGUUCUUGAAAAGGGAGAGCACACUUUGCACUACAUUACUGUAAGAGACUGUAUGUCUACAAUUUUAUAUUUUAUUCAGGGACAGUUAAUUUCUGCUUUACCAAGACGAUCCAUGUGUCAUGUUUAUGCCAUAGUGUCAUAAUUCGUUGGGAUAUUCCGUCCAUGAACAUAAUGGGGACUAAAGGUUUGAUUCUUGCUACUGUAACUGCUUUUUCUAAAUCUGUCAUAUAAUUUACAUAGUAUUGUGUCUUGUCUUAACAGUUCUACAUAUCAGAUGUUUUAGGUUAAACAGAUUUUUAAAAUGUAUUCAACGAUGGCUCAUUAACUGGCUUUAAAACUGAGAAGUAGAUUAAAUAAACUCAUAUUUUAGCCAAUCAAAUUACAUAAGUUGAUUUAUACACUACUGUGUCUGUGAAAGGAAAUCCCCUCACAUAUUUAUAUCAUGAACACCUGCACAUGUAGUGCUAUUUUAAAUAAACUGUCCAAGCCUUAAAACAUAAAGUGUGUCAAAACUUUUCUAU